UGUAGUCCUCUUAAGAGCCGCUGGAGGUAGCAAAUUGAGUUUCCGCCAGAAGUGCGGACUUUAGGGUUUCCUGAACUCUCUACUGGAGAGGUGUGGAACUCUCAGAGUGAAAGCCUGGUUUCUGAGGAGUCCCCAAAAGGGAACCUGGAGUGGAUGCAUUGCUCCGAGAUGGGGGACUGACUGGGUUCGGGUAGUCGACUGGGAGCGAACUUGACCUCCAGUCUCCCCAGGGAUCUUAGCUCUUGCCUGCCUUGGUGUUGAAAGCCGGUGGUGGUAGGAUCCACAGAAGGAAUGAACCUACAGCCUAGGGACUCCCAAGAAAGCCACUUAGGGUUUUAGGCUUUAGAACUGCACGGAACUCUCCGGUCACUGUAUAUUUGGAAAAAUCAAAACCCCGAGAGGUAACGUGCCUUGCUGAAAGUACUAGUUAACAGUAGAAUUAGAACUCGAAUCCAGAUUUUCGGCUUCCAAAUCUUAGGUUCUUUCCGUCACACCUGUUGCUUGUACUGAUGGAGUGGAGCCCGAGAGAGGGAAAAGAAAAGGGGGACGGUAGAUUUAUGAAGAAACAAGAAGUUCAAGAGCCAUAUGGUGAAGAGGAAAAAAAAAAAAAAAAGGAAUAAGGGAAUUUAUAUGCCGGGAAGGGAAGGAAAACAGGAAAAUAUCAAGUAUUUCUCCCUGAUAAUGGGGAUGCUGGCAGCAUGGUAUUCAUGAUGUAGUUACUCGUCACCGAUAGAAUGAAAUCCUGGAAACAGAAAGAUGGCAGACAUCUUACCUCAAAUGGAGCUGUGUCCUCAUUGUAAGAAACAAUUUAAACGGUUAAAGUCUCAUUUACCUUUCUGUAAGAAGGUAGGAACCAUCCUUCCUUUUAAUUCAGACAUUACUAAUUCCAAGGCAGUUUUCUUUCAAGCUCCCAAAUCAAAGAAGUUACCAAAAAAGCUCACAAAAACUGAUUGUGAAGAGACACUUAAAAAAGAUCAAAGUAAGAGAAGAAACCUUAACCUUAUGAAAGUUAGACUACAUAAUGCUGACUUAGAAAUGAGAAUUGCUAUGCAGACAAGUGAAGAAAUGAAGAAGCAAAUUAAAAAUAACUCCCAAAUGACACAGAAUUCUACUAGACCAAAGAAGGUUGUGUUUUUGGCUGAGAAUGGGCAUUUGUUUUCUGCAGAAAAAAAAAAUUCCAAAGCAAGAUUUACAAAAUAUUUACCUAAAUCGGGGGAAGACAAGAACAAAAAUCCUUCAGAAAUUUUUGGGAGCAGCCCUUCCAAAUGUUCUUUUACCAAUGAAGAUAAGACACAUUGGUCAGGCUUGCUGAAUGAUAACAGAAUCGAGUACCCAGGACAGAAAUUCCUGGCAGAAUCAUUAGACUUGCCUUUCAGUAUUUGUGAGAGUUUUCCAAGUCUUGAUAGAAGUCAGAAUCCUUAUGCAAAUUUACAAAGCAAUGAGAGAGGCCUCAAAGCUUGGGACCCUAUUUCAGAAGCCUCAUACAGUGUCAAUAAUUCUGAGAUCCCGAGAAAAAGCAUAGGAUCCUUUUUCUCAACCAAUUAUGUAAAUUCCUCAUUGUCUAAGUCACUCCAAACCGGAGGAAGAGAGAACCAUCAUAUCAAACAUAGAGCAAAGAAAAAAGGAUUUCAUUUUGGAUUGGCAGCUAGAAAGUGUAAUUGGGAUAAAGGAUCUAAAGACAAUAUAUCACCUGAAGUAAAAGUACCCAAAUUGGAUUACAUGAGAGAUGGCAUGAGGAAGCAUGUUAAUAACAAUAAUUUAGCCAUAGAGAAGAUACCUCACCAUGACAAUCCUGAUUCAGAUUGUGAAGAAUCACUUUCUUUGGCAGAUUUAGGUAACCAAAGUUUGUCUACUUUGGUUUUAAAAUAUCUACAAGAAGAGGAAGAUGGGUACAAGGAUCUAGUCCCUCCAGUUAAUCCAGUGGAGAGUAAGAAACCAGUAUCUUCAGAUUCUUAUCCUAAUCCCAAUACAUGGGCAACACACACUAAAUAUAAUCAGCAACCUUUAAACCUGGCCUGUCAUUUUGCUCCUAAAAACCUGACUGGUGGUCAUAUUGAAACUACUGGCAGCAAGAACCUACCUACAUCCUUGGGACUAGAGUGGUUUCCAGAACUCUACCCUGGGUAUCAACAUCUGGGAGUGUUACCAGGGAGACCUCAGAAGGGGAAUAUUGAGGUCCAGAAACCACACCACAGCCUCCCAGAAGAGGAAAGAGUCUUACAAGCUCCUCCUUUGGAAAGAAAUCUGAUGGAUUUAAAGAUUGGAAAGCUUCCAUCUUGGCUUAGAGUCUCCAAUUUCUCUAUAAUGGGACUGCUGGGAAAAGUACAAAAAGCCUGGAUUAAAUACCCCAAAUUUGUCAGCUUGAAGAAGGGUGGCGCCGGUUGCAUCACCAUGUUCUGUGCUGGAUACUGGGUCCUUUGCUACAGUUGGAGUUUCAAGCACCUGAAAUUGCAGCGUUGGCGCAAGCACCACUGACUGAUCUGGACACUAUGUAUUGUGUCAAGAGUUCUUCUGAUAGACUGAGACGCAGUGAGAAGCAUGGAAAUUUAUAUAAAAGCUUAAGUUUUCAAUUGGGAAGAGGGAGGAGGAACAGUAAAAUUUUUGAAGUAUAUUGAAGUAUUAGUGGUACAUGUAUAAUUUUUAUCAAAUUGCUUGCCUUUAGUGGGUGGGGAGGGAGAGAACUUGGAACUCAGAAUUAAAAAAAAUGUUCUUAUGUAAUUGGAAAAAAUAAAUAAAAUAAUAAUUUUAAAAA